UACGUCACUCAUCUUUAUGUAAAUGAGGGUGGAUCCGUCGAAAGACUAGUUACAGAGUUUUAACAGGUUCACAAGAUGGCGAAGACGUAUGACUACUUAUUCAAGUUGUUACUUAUCGGCGAUUCUGGCGUCGGGAAAACAUGUGUACUGUUCCGCUUCUCCGAGGACGCCUUUAACUCAACGUUUAUUUCUACAAUAGGUAUUGAUUUCAAAAUUAGGACGAUAGAACUUGAUGGAAAGAAAAUUAAAUUACAAAUAUGGGACACAGCAGGGCAGGAGCGGUUCAGAACCAUAACGACAGCUUACUACAGGGGCGCCAUGGGUAUAAUGUUAGUCUAUGAUAUUACAAAUGAAAAGUCGUUUGAGAAUAUACGGAACUGGAUCGGUAAUAUAGAGGAGCAUGCUUCCCAGGAUGUGGAGAAGAUGAUUUUAGGAAACAAAUGUGAUAUGAACGACAAACGGAUGGUGUCCAAGGAGAGAGGCGAACAGUUAGCUAUAGAACAUGGUAUCAAGUUCAUGGAGACGAGUGCGAAAGCCAGCAUCAACGUCGAGGACGCCUUCUUCACACUAGCCCGGGACAUCAAGUCAAAAAUGGACAAAAAGCUGGAGAGGAACAGACUCACAGAAGCUUCCAGUGCACAAAACAAAGGGGGCGGAGUUAACCUGAAAGAAAAACCUCAGCAAAAGAGCUCAAGAUGGAGAUGUACCAUACUGUGAAUGUUACAUGUGUUCUGAUUGGUUAAAAACUGUAUUGUGAUACCCUUAGGACCAUUUGAUUGGCUUUGAGGUAUUUCUGAUAGAGCUAUACUGCGGAGCAGAUAUUGGAUAUGACCUAUCUGUGUGGUAGAGCCGGGGUCAAAUCUACUAUACCUGAUCUUCUUAAUGGAGAGUUAUGUUAAUAUAUUUUAAAGGGAGACCACUCUAUUAGUUUGUUUGACCCUUGACCUGAUGAGCCUUCUGAGUAAAGGGGGAUAAUAUUGUUCCAUUUCAUGUGACUUAGAAUUGAAACAUUUUCUUCAUGUCUACUUAUUUCAUAUGAAGAUGAUAUCACCAGGUAACAUCGUCAGAGGAUGACAUCACAAUAGGAUGACAUCAUAAGAAAAUGACAUCAUCACAAGUGAGGAUGACAUCACUAGAGGAUUACAUCAAAAGAAGAAGAUGACGUCAAAUGUGGAGGAUGUCGUCACAGGUUGGAUGACAUCAGAAAUGGAGGAUGAAAUCAUGUUGUGCUCAACUUGUUUAUGAAAAAAUGUGUAAAACCCCUCAAUAAUCUUUAUUUAGACUUAUUUAAUGGGAGGUUCAUCAUUUGAUAAAAUAGAUUUUAAGUACGAAAAGAGUUGUUCAGGUGCAGAUUAUACACAAACAAGGGAAGCCAACCUUGGUGUGUGUAUCUUGUGAUUGACCAGGCCUAAUGUAGAGUUUACCUGUCAAACAUGGUUCAAGGUGGAGCUUACCUGUAGUUUAUGAUUGCAAGUGGAGCUAGCCUGUCAAUCAUAGUAUGAGGUGGAGCUAAUCUGUCAGUCUUGAUUGGAGGUGGAGCUAGCCUGUCAAUUAUCCUUAGAGGUGGAGCUAACCUGUCAGUCAUGAUAGGAGGUGUAGCUAAUCUGUCAGUCUUGAUUGGAGGUGGAGCUAGCCUGUCAAUCAUCCUUUGAGGUAGAGCUAACCCUUUCAAACAUGAUUGGAGUUGGAGCUAGCCUGUCAAUCAUACUAAGAGGUGGGGCUAGCCUGUCAAUCAUCCUUUGAGGUAGAGCUAACCCUUUCAAACAUGAUUGGAGGUGGAGCUAGCCUGUCAAUCAUACUAAGAGGUGUAGGUAGCCUGUCACUCAUUGUUGUGGUGGAGCUAACAUGUUAAUCAUAGGUUAAGGUGAAGCUAGCUUGUCAAUUUUAGUUUGUGAUGGCGCUAGCCGCACAGUCUGUCCUGAUCUUGGGGAUGAUGUGUAACUUGUUCCAAAUAUAUGUAGCUUGCCUUGUUAUAGACACCUGGCUUACAAUGCACACCAAAUCAUGCCACGUUUUAUUUUGUAGACUUGUAAAUGUUCCAUGUUUAUUUUGUCACCAUGGUCGGCUGUUCAAAGACUAGUUACCUUAUCAUGUUACAUGUUAUAUGUUACAUGUUAUAAGUUUAUUACCAAAUUUGGUCAAAUUAAUUUUCUUAAAAAAUUGAAACUCAAAAAUAGAAAAUCAUAAACAGGGUGUCUGUUGACCUUAAAUUGAAAGAUGUUUUUAUACUUUCGGAACAUUUCUCUGAAAGAUGAUUUUGAAAAUUAAUAUUAGCGAAUUGGUAAGCUAACCAGGCUUUGACCAUCUGGGCACAGUUCUGAUACUUUGUUACAUGUACCAUAUAGUCUUCUGAUACUUCAGUUACUUUUAUGUUCAGUUGUCUGUUAAAUUAGUACUUACAUUAUUGUUAGUUGGGUAGGCCGCUACUCGUAUGUUGGGUAGGCCGCUACUCGUAUGAUGGGUAGGCCGCUACUCGUAUGUUGGGAAGAUGGCUAUUCGUGUGUUCUUGAUAGUAUGUUAUUAGUAAGUUCUGGGUAGUCCUUUAUUUAAAUGUUUUGGGUAGUAUUAUUGAUUUGUUGGUACUUAUGUUACCUGUGUUUGGUACUAAAUACUUACGUUAUGUGCUUCCAUCGCUUUUCCUGGUGCAGCAGCUGUCUCCCCUGUUAGAAGGGUACACUUUGUUUUAAACCUUGUUACCAAUGUCACGGAACGCAACAUAAAACUGUAAUUCAGGAGACGUUAAUUGUAGCUCAAUUCUGUUGGUCAUUCAUAAAAUUAAUAUAUUCAAACUAAUACGAAUUGGAAUACAUGUAUAUUCAAAAAUGUUUGUUAUCUAAUUCACCCCU